AUGGCGGGCUCGGGGGCCUUGCUCCGCCAGUGCCCGCUGCUGGUGCCUCAGAACCGGGAGGGGACGGCCUACGAGGGUUUCGUCACCGCGCAGGGUAGAGACUUCCAUGUCAGGAUACUGUUACCAAUGGAUUUUCAACUGAAAAAUGCAAGGAUAGAGUGUAGCUGGCACCUAAAGAAGAUACUGCAUGGAUAUCGGCAUAUUUUAAAGCAGAGGUUGCACAGCUGUCCAGAUCUUGUCAGUUUUAUGGUGGAGCUGAAAACUAUUUUGGAAAUUGCUUUAAAGAAUACACAAGACCUGCAUAUACCACGGCCGCCAGAAUACUACUCCUGUCUUGUCAGAGAUCUAGAAAUAUUGGGUUGGAAUAAAGUCGCAUAUGUGGAUUCUGGUCUUACCACAAUCAUGCUAAAAGCUGAAGACUCUUGUGGUCGACAGCAUCUCAUCACUCUGAAGUUAAAUGCAAAGUAUCCAACAGAACCACCGGAUUGCCUUGUGGAUUUUCCUGUUCAGUUUGCUAUUUCUUGGAUGCCACAGGUAAACUCCCCAAGAACUUGUUCCCAGGCCAAGAGAGAUCUGAAAUCUGGCCCUUUACCUAACUCCUUAAUAGACAUUUAUAAUCAGUUCCUGGCGGCAUUAGAAUCGCUGAAAGAAUUCUGGGAUGCCAUGGAUGAAAUUGAUGGGAAGACAUGGGUGCUUGAGCCAGAAAAUCCCACACGGAGUGCUACAACAAGAAGAAUUGCAAUAGGGAACAACGUCUCAGUGAACGUAGAGGUAGAUCCUCGGCAUCCAAGCAUGCUCCCGGAGUGCUAUUUUCUUGGAGCAGAUCACGUGGUUAACCCUUUGAGAAUUAAGCUGAACAACAAUAUGCACUUAUGGGAUCCAGAAAUCAGUUUAUUACAAAACUUGAAAGACGUCUUAGAAAUUGAUUUUCCAUCUCGUGCUGUGUUAGAAAAAAGUGACUUUGCUAAGGACUGUGGAAUCUGCUAUGCCUAUCGACUCGACGGCACUACUCCAGAUCAAGUGUGUGACGAUCCUCGAUGCGGACAACCUUUUCACCAGGCUUGCCUGUAUGAGUGGCUACAAGGUCUUCCUUCUAGCAGACAGAGUUUUAAUGUCAUCUUUGGUGAAUGUCCGUAUUGUAAUAAGCCACUGACGCUGAAAUCUUCAAUGAAGAAACUCUGAGAAAAAACUGCGUGAUGGGAACACCG